AUGAGUAAAAAGAACAAAUGUAGGAAGUUAAAGGUUGGUUUUGGAGAAGCAAAGGAUUUAGAUUUAUCUAAACUGUUUACAACAUUAUAUUAACUGAAGAAAACAAAAUUAAGUACAUAAAAGAUGGUGCGAUCUUAAGAAUGUAAUUUUUAUAUAUGUUAAAUCCUUAUUAGUGAAGAUAUAAAAGACUCUUCUCUUAAACAAUAAAUUUUUUAAAAUUUAGAAUAAAUUUAAAACCUCACAUGGAUUGGUGAUUAUGGGAAUUAUGGUUAAAAGAUUGGUAGAUGGUUACCUAAUUGGAACGGCGAGGCUAUUCUGGAUGUAGGUGGACAGUACAAUAAUGAUGGAAAAAAGGAAGGAAUAUGGAAAAAUAUAAAAAAUAAUUUUUGGAGGUAAGAUUUUAUUCAUUAUUUUAAAGCAAAGCUUAAGUCUAUGAAUCGGGUUAAUAUGUGAAUGGUUAAAAGAUAGGAAUCUAAAAAUUAAUCUCUUAAAAUUUAGAAAUGUAUAAAUUAAAAUUAUUAAAUAAAUAGAGGAGGAGGUGAAUAUAACGAAUAAGGUUAUAAGAAUGGAAAUUGGAUAGAGGUGAGCGAUGAAUACUUUAAAUAUUUUUAAGUUACUUAUUCUGGUGAAUAUAAAAAUAGUAAAAAAGUCAAUAGAUGGGAUAUUUGGUUAAAAGAAGUUGAUCUUUAUGGAAAUCCUAAAGAUAAUAUUAAGAUGUAGAAAUUUACAUAACCGUAGCGGCGGCGGAUCUUAUGAGGAAGGAGAAGAUGAAAAAAAGAUUGGAAAUUGGAUUGAUAUAUUUGAUAAUUGUAAUGUGAUUUCUUAAGUAACUUUUAAUGGUGAAUAUAAAAAUGGUUACAGAAUAGGUAGAUGGAAUAUUUGGUUUAAAGAAGUGGAUAGGGAAUUAAAUACUGAAUAGAAUAUUAAGAUGUAAAAAUUUAAUAAAAAGAGCCUAAUUUUUUAUAUUUAUCAGUGGUGGUGGAUUAUAUGAAGAUGGAUGUAAUGGAAAUAAAAUUGGAACAUGGAUAGAUAUUAGUGAAAGUUUUAGUUUGAUUUCUUAAGUGACAUAUAAUGGCGAAUAUAAAAAUAGUAAAAGAGUAGGCGGAUGGGAUAUUUGGUAUAAAGAGGUUACUCUGUGUGGAAAUGUUGGGGAAUCCUAAUUGAUGUAAAUUUUUUGUAGAGUAUUAGCGGUGGUGGAUCAUAUGAAGAAGGAUGUAACGGAAAUAAAAUUGGAAAAUGGAUAGAUAUUAGUGACAAUUUUAAUUNAAGUAAGUCUUAAUUUUAUUAUAGAAUCUCACAAAAAGAACAAAAAGUGUAAGUGUAUGAGUAAAAAGAACAAAUGUAGGAAGUUAAAGGUUGGUUUUGGAGAAGCAAAGGAUUUAGAUUUAUCUAAACUGUUUACAACAUUAUAUUAACUGAAGAAAACAAAAUUAAGUACAUAAAAGAUGGUGCGAUCUUAAGAAUGUAAUUUUUAUAUAUGUUAAAUCCUUAUUAGUGAAGAUAUAAAAGACUCUUCUCUUAAACAAUAAAUUUUUUAAAAUUUAGAAUAAAUUUAAAACCUCACAUGGAUUGGUGAUUAUGGGAAUUAUGGUUAAAAGAUUGGUAGAUGGUUACCUAAUUGGAACGGCGAGGCUAUUCUGGAUGUAGGUGGACAGUACAAUAAUGAUGGAAAAAAGGAAGGAAUAUGGAAAAAUAUAAAAAAUAAUUUUUGGAGGUAAGAUUUUAUUCAUUAUUUUAAAGCAAAGCUUAAGUCUAUGAAUCGGGUUAAUAUGUGAAUGGUUAAAAGAUAGGAAUCUAAAAAUUAAUCUCUUAAAAUUUAGAAAUGUAUAAAUUAAAAUUAUUAAAUAAAUAGAGGAGGAGGUGAAUAUAACGAAUAAGGUUAUAAGAAUGGAAAUUGGAUAGAGGUGAGCGAUGAAUACUUUAAAUAUUUUUAAGUUACUUAUUCUGGUGAAUAUAAAAAUAGUAAAAAAGUCAAUAGAUGGGAUAUUUGGUUAAAAGAAGUUGAUCUUUAUGGAAAUCCUAAAGAUAAUAUUAAGAUGUAGAAAUUUACAUAACCGUAGCGGCGGCGGAUCUUAUGAGGAAGGAGAAGAUGAAAAAAAGAUUGGAAAUUGGAUUGAUAUAUUUGAUAAUUGUAAUGUGAUUUCUUAAGUAACUUUUAAUGGUGAAUAUAAAAAUGGUUACAGAAUAGGUAGAUGGAAUAUUUGGUUUAAAGAAGUGGAUAGGGAAUUAAAUACUGAAUAGAAUAUUAAGAUGUAAAAAUUUAAUAAAAAGAGCCUAAUUUUUUAUAUUUAUCAGUGGUGGUGGAUUAUAUGAAGAUGGAUGUAAUGGAAAUAAAAUUGGAACAUGGAUAGAUAUUAGUGAAAGUUUUAGUUUGAUUUCUUAAGUGACAUAUAAUGGCGAAUAUAAAAAUAGUAAAAGAGUAGGCGGAUGGGAUAUUUGGUAUAAAGAGGUUACUCUGUGUGGAAAUGUUGGGGAAUCCUAAUUGAUGUAAAUUUUUUGUAGAGUAUUAGCGGUGGUGGAUCAUAUGAAGAAGGAUGUAACGGAAAUAAAAUUGGAAAAUGGAUAGAUAUUAGUGACAAUUUUAAUUUGAUUUCUUAAGUGACAUAUAGUGGUGAAUAUAAAUAUGGGAAAAAAAUAGGGAGAUGGGAUAUAUGGUUAAAAGCUGUUGAUGGUUAUCUAAAUGCUAAAAAGAAUUUUAAGAUGUAAGAAAUAUUUUUUGAAGUCUAUAAUUUGUAAAUGUAUUAGUGGCGGCGGAUUAUACGACAAAGAAGGUGAUGGUAUGAAGAUUGGAAAAUGGAUUGAAUUGGAUGAUGGAUUUGAUAAUGAUAAAUAAAUAACUUAUCAUGGUGAAUAUAAAAAUGGGAAAAAAGUUGGUGUAUGGGAUAUUUUUCAUAGAAGACAUCAGAAUUAUCCAUUUUCCUAAAUGUAAAAUAUAUUAUAUAAGAUGUUAAAUCAUAAAUCCCUUAGUGGUGGUGGAUUAUAUAAUAAAGGUGAGGAUGGUAUUAAGAUUGGAAAAUGGAUUGAAUUGGAUGAUGGAUUUGAUAAUGAUAAAUAAGUAACUUAUCAUGGUGAAUAUAAAAAUGGGGAAAAAAUUGGCAGAUGGGAUACUUUUUAUAGAAAAUACAAGAGCGAUCCAUUCUUAUAUAUGUAAAAUAUAUUUUAUCAAAAAUCUAUUAGAGGUGGUGGAUUAUAUAAAGGUACAUGCAUUAAGAUUGGAAUGUGGAUUGAAUUGGAUAACGAAUUUAAGGUUUCAAAAUUAGUUACUUAUCAUGGUGAAUAUGAAAAUGGAAAAAAAAUUGGUGUAUGGGAUACUUUUCAUAAAAGAAGUGAGAAUGAUCCAUUUUUAUAAAUGUACAAAAGCAUAAAUACAAUAUUUAUUAGUGGAGGAGGAUUAUAUGAUAAAGGAGGUGAUUGUAUUAAGAUUGGAAAAUGGAUUGAAUUGGAUGAGGGAUUCGAUAAUGAUAAAUAAGUAACUUAUCAUGGAGAAUAUAAAAAUUGUAAAAAAAUUGAUAGAUGGGAAACUUUUGUUUAGGGUCAAUUAAUGUAUUUAAAUAUUUUAAAUUAUAUUUAGAAGUAGUUCAAAUUAUGAUCUGAGUGGCACUGAAAUUUAUAAAAGUCAAGGGUAUUUCUAUAAUAUCUUAAUUUUAGGGACAUACUAAAUCUUGGUGUAUUUGUUAACUGUAAAAAAGUUGGGAAAUGGGAUAUUUUAUUUUAGAAUGAUAAUGUAUACUUUGAAUGGAUGUAAAAAACCUUAUAUAAAGAGUUUAAUAAUGUAAAUUUAUCAGUGGGGGUGGAUCUUAUGACGAAGAAGGUGGUGAAAUUAAGAUAGGGAAGUGGAUCGAACUAUAGGAAGGGUUUUCUAAGGAUUCUUAAAUAUUAUAUUAAGGUGAAUAUUAAAAUGGUAAAAAACUUGGUCGAUGGGAUAUUAUGUAUAGGCAUAACACCAGCAAUCCAUUUUCAUAAAUGUAAAAAAUAUUAUAGAAAGUGCAUAAUUAAAAUUUUAAUGGGUUAGUGGUGGUGGAUCAUAUGAAUUAGAAUAAAAUGCAAUUAAGAUUGGGAAGUGGAUUGAUUUGGAUGAGGAAUUUGAUUAUUGGAAUUAGGUAAUUUAUAUAGGGGAAUAUAAUAAUGGUAUCAAAGUUGGUACAUGGAUAGAAAUGA